AUGGUUGAUCCUGACGUGCAGACGUCUUUCCAAAAGUUAUCCGAAGGAAGAAAGGAGUACCGCUACAUUAUCUUCAAGAUUGAGGACAAUAAGGUUAUCGUCGAGUCCGCGGUUACCCAGGAUCAAUUGGAAAUCUCUGGUGACGACUACGAUGACUCCUCGAAGGCUGCCUUCGACAAGUUCGUUGCUGACGUCAAAAACCGUACGGAAAAUCUCACUGACUGCCGUUACGCUGUUUUCGAUUUCAAGUUCACAUGCUCGCGCGUCGGAGCUGGAACAUCUAAGAUGGACAAGAUCAUUUUCCUCCAGAUCUGCCCAGACGGUGCAUCUAUCAAGAAAAAGAUGGUGUACGCCUCUUCGGCUGCAGCCAUCAAAGCUUCACUGGGAACCGGAAAGAUCCUGCAAUUCCAGGUUUCGGAUGAGUCCGAGAUGAGUCACAAGGAGCUCCUCAACAAGUUGGGAGAGAAGUACGGAGAUCACUAG